AUGACGACUUCGCUGGUCCUGCAUCCACGCUGGGCGGACACCUUGAUGUACGUGUACGAAAAAAGCCCGAAUGAAAACAAUCCACAUAAAAACCAGGCCAUGGAGGGACUGAGCGGCAAUUGUCCUGCCACUCACUGCAGGGAACUGAUCUCGCACCCGUCGCUGGGGCGCCACUCUGGAAGCAUAUUGAGUCACCAGGGCUCGGUUUACCCGGACAUACCCACGCAGGACUCCGGCAGCAGGCAAUGCCCGGCACCACAGACGUCCUCGGGCGCGUCGUUGGGUUGCGCUUAUCCUUUUGGGAGCCCCUACUACGGAUGCCGUCUGUCGCAUUCGCACGGCGUGAACGUGCAGCAGAAGCCGUGCUCGUACCAUCCUGCCGAGAAGUACACGGAGCCCAGCGGACCUCUGCCCACCGAGGAGCUUUCCAGCCGGGCCAAAGAGUUUGCUUUUUACCCCAGUUUCGCCAGCUCUUACCAAACUGUCCCGGGCUAUCUGGACAUGUCGGUGAUGCCGGGAAUCAGCGCGCACCCAGAGCCGCGGCACGAGACUUUAAUACCAAUGGACGGCUACAAUCACUGGGCACUGUCGAACGGCUGGGACGGCCAAGUAUAUUGUUCCAAGGAGCAAUCUCAGUCCAGCCACCUUUGGAAGUCUCCUUUUCCAGACGUGGUGCCACUGCAGCCCGAAGUCAGCAGUUACCGUCGUGGCCGCAAGAAGAGGGUGCCUUACACCAAGAUCCAGUUGAAAGAACUUGAGAAGGAGUACGCCUCCAGCAAGUUCAUCACCAAAGACAAGAGACGCCGCAUCUCCACUGCGACCAACCUCACCGAGCGCCAGGUUACAAUCUGGUUCCAGAACCGACGCGUAAAGGAAAAGAAGUUCGUUUGCAAAUCGAAGACCAGCAACCACAUGCAUGCCACCUGA